GGGGCCUGUUUAGGCAAAUUAUUCGAUCCGGAAAAUCAGGGGCAAUGGCCGUGGCGUUUCCGAAAAGAUAACGCAACUCGAACGAAAGAGCGGGAUUUCCUCGUACAAGAAUUGUUGCAGCAACUGGAAAGAUCGCCGGCUGAAAAAAUGGAACUCCGUCGCCAGUCGCUGUACGCCCAACACGUGGGUCGCCGAAAUGUGAACGAACUGCGUAACGUCAACACUAUGUUAUUGGAACACAUUAUCAGCAAAAAUCCCGAGAUUAAGUUGCUGGAACAGGAAAUUCACGACAAAAAGACACAAGUUGAUAGUGCAGCGAACGGUAAAACUACAAAGAUGCAGCUAAAACCCGAGAUUUUUCGAACGUUGAAGAAAACGAAUGCAAUUAUUACACCGAGACAAACGUUGCGUUUGCAGAGUUUAAACCAACUUGGUUCUGUUCCUCACGAGGAACUAUCGAGACGGAAAGCGUCAGUCUUGCAGAGUGAACAACCCGCGUUCAUGGAGUCGGGAGAUCUCAAGAUGGACAAGACUUAUCUCGAGAACGAGCUGUCGAUUGCGUGCCCAACAGCUUCUUCGCCGUUGCUUCGACCGAAUCGUGACGGGGACGUGAAGCAACAGAUCCAGAAGGAGUAUCAACUAGCUCAACAAGCCAUUGCCACUCGUGCAACUCUGACACGGAAAGCUCGAGAGAUGUACAGCAACAUGGAAGGCGUUCGAACGCGUCAUAGUAUACGUCGACCUGACACUAGUAGCCAAGACGUAGAGUCGCUGGAAGUGUCGGAUUUCUUAAAGCAACAUUUUGCGCCAUCAGUGCUUGCAAUUCGGCCACAAACAGCGCCGGCUCGUGGUCUAAAACUUAGCAAGAGUGAAGGUCACGUUGGUUUACGUCAUCAGAUAGAAGAUGCUCCGUUGCAACUGCAAAUUUCCGCUUCUGAAAGCACUUUUCAGUCAAUUGAAAGCUCGUUAUCUAACGACUCAGUGGCAAGGAAAUUAAGCAACAUUUCAUUUGCUGGUCGUCGCAGAAGUUCUCUUGACGAGUUUUACAAGGAGGAAUAUCAUCGCUAUCGUCAAGAUAGAGAACUCAAUCUUAGCGUCCCCGAGGAGGUGGCAGUGGAUGGAGAGAAGCAGCUGAGGCCGCUGCAAAAAUUGCACGGGAUCAACGAAAUCAUUGAUAAAGCUCACGGAUAUUGCAUCGAUGCUCAGUCGACAAGACCCGGCACAGCUCCGGUAGGAACUCGACGUAACAGCGUGUUGUUAACAGAGUCCUCUAGUGAACAUCUUAAAGAGCUCAACGAUGCCAAUGCUGUAGUAUUGCGUCAGCAUCUAGAGACUACCAAGCAUCGCAUGCAAGAGGCCUUACGGGACGGUAAGCGGCCUCACCGCCAAAACUUAAGGAAAAUGCGGCAACAAGCGCUCGAGCAACAGCAAAAACGCCGAAUGCACAGCUACUUGCAACAGAAACGACGUGAGCUCACUACGAACAUAGGGAACGUGUUCAAAGGUCUGCAAACCUCUCAAGGGCCGGAACAUGAACACGAAGAAGCAGAGCUAUCGCCAAAACAGGACCACAAAACAAAGGACAAGAACGCGAAGCCACAUAUGCUGUCAGCCAAGAAGAGUUUCGGCAUAUACAGCGUGUCGGAAGUCAUGUCGGUCAUCCGGUUGUUCUGGUCCAUGGACGCGGACGGCUCGGGAAACAUCUCGAUGGCAGAGUUGCAACAAUUCAAGUCUGUAUUUGAAAAAUUAGGUUUCUCCAACAUUGGCGCCGUUUUCCAAACGAUUGACGCAAAUGGGGAUGGGCAAGUUUCUCUGCGCGAAUUGCUGGCAACUUGCUUUCAUUUUGCCUCAAAAGAGCAGAUCGACUCCAUGUUGCAACUUGCAAAAGUGGGCAGUAGAAACGAAUUAAUGGCAAUUUUCCGCGUGUUCGACCACAACGGAGACGGUGGCGUGAGUAUGCAGGAAAUCAUGGAGGCGUUACGGGUCGACGAUGACGAUGUGAUGGCAGCCGUCAUGACUAAAGAGCGUGGGAAACCAGGAAAUCGAGUUUCGGAGCCGGUGGUUUCGAGCGGACUCACACGCGAGGACGUGGAGUUGAUCUACAGCGAGUUCGAUCGCGAUAAGGACGCCACGUUAGACUUUAAUGAGUUCGUCGCUGUCAUGGCGAACCUCUACCCGAACAGGCCGAUUUUGCUUCGCCAUAGACUGGAAUAA